UGAUCUUCUGAGGUCCCUUCCAGCCCUAAUGUCUAUGAAUCUUAUAUUUUGUCGGUUAAACUUCAAUUUAGGGAAUAUUCAGAGAGCAUUUUUAUUCCAACCUAUGGGGCUAUUACUGUGCAAGUUCUACGUUAAUGGAAGUUGUGAAGUCUUAGUCAGGUGCUUUCUGGAAGAUUCCUGGGAAUAGAGAGGCUACUCAACCCUUUGUAGAAUCAGGCCUUAUUUAAGGAAAUUUCCCAUCCUUAUGUAAGAAUAUCUUUCAGUUCAGUUUUGUUCAGUUCGUUUUGCAGAGGUAGCAUGUAGCACACUUAGUGCUUCCAUUAAUAAAGAUAUUUUAUGUUUAAGCUUUUCUUUAUAACCUAAAGAAAACAAUUUGCUGUAGAAUAGUGCUUACUGCAGAGCAAAUUAGAGGGUUUGAGAUGCUACAGGACUUUCUGUUGAGGCCGCCUGCUCCAAAAUCCAUAAACGAUGGAACCUCAGCUUCAUAAUUGGUGAGGGAGAACUAAGCCUUGGCUUCAGACCUUUAUCCAUUUUCAAAAUGAAUAACAUGUAGCCUUUCUCUUCCAGUGAGAGGAUCCAAAGGACUCUACAUGGUGAAUGGACCACCUAGUUUUACAGAAAAUGCAACGUUUGAAAGGGAUGCUGGGAAAAACUGCAAAGCUUUUACAUUCAGCCAGGAUGGUUCUCUCUUUGCUUGGUGCAAUGGAGAAAAAGUAAAUAUUGUGAAUGUCACCAGUGCUGAGUUAGUGCAUUCAUUUGAUCUUCCAAAGGCAGUUUGCCUUGAACUCUCGCCAAAGAAUAUUGUCCUGGCAACAUGGCAGGCGUACACAACUGCUAAAGAUGGCACGGCAGGGGUGCCCAACCUACAACUUUAUGAUUUGAAAACGGGGAAAUGUUUAAAGUCUUUCAUCCAGAAAAAGAUGCAGAACUGGUGUCCUUGCUGGGCGGAGGAUGAAAGCAUUUGUGCCAGGAGUGUAAACAACGAAAUACACUUCUUUGAAAAGAACGAAUUUAAUACUAUUGCACAUAAACUUCAUUUGCAAAAAGUUAGUGAUUUUGUGCUGUCACCUGGAUCUCAGCCAAACAAGGUUGCUGUGUAUGUUCCUGGGAGCAAGGGUGCACCCUCCUUUGUAAGACUAUACCAGUACCCCAACUUUGGUGGUCCUCAGUCGGCAUUGGCCAACAAAAGUUUCUUUAAAGCUGACAAAGUGACAAUGCUGUGGAAUAAAAAAGCUACUGCUGUGCUAGUAAUAGCCAGUACAGAGGUUGAUAAAACCGGAGCAUCAUAUUAUGGUGAACAAACCCUACACUACAUUGCAACAAAUGGAGAAAGUGCUGUUGUACAAUUACCAAAAACUGGUCCCAUUUAUGAUGUGGUAUGGAAUCCCAACUCCACAGAGUUUUGUGUUGUGUAUGGUUUUAUGCCUGCUAAAGCAACUGUUUUCAAUUUGAAAUGUGACCCUGUGUUUGAUUUUGGUACUGGUCCUCGCAAUGCCGUCUAUUACAACCCUUCAGGACAUAUCUUAGUUCUAGCAGGAUUUGGCAAUCUCAGAGGACAGAUGGAAGUGUGGGAUGUUAAAAAUUACAAACUUAUUUCCAAACCCCUGGGAUCAGAUUCGACGUAUUUUGCAUGGUGCCCUGAUGGGGAACAUUUUGUAACUGCUACGUGUGCUCCAAGGCUGCGAGUUGGUAAUGGCUACAAGAUCUGGCAUUAUACCGGCUCUGUUCUUCACCAGUAUGAAGUCCCAGUAAAUGAAGAACUAUGGCAAGUUUCCUGGCAGCCGUUUUUGGAUGGCAUUUUUCCGACAAAAGCAGUAACUUACCAGGCAGUUCCAAGUGAGCUGCCAAAUGCUGAGCCAAAGCCCGCUCAAGCUUAUAGACCACCAGCUCUGAGGAACAAACCUGUAACUAGUUCUAAACUUCAUGAGGAUGAGCCUCCUCAGAACAUGAAACCACAACCAGGAAGUAUUGAUAAGCCAUUAUCUAAAACAGCACUUAAAAAUCAAAGAAAGCAUGAAGCAAAGAAAGCUGCUAAACAGGAAGCCAGAGUUGAUGGGAGCCAGGAAUCAGCACUACCUCCAGCAACUCAGAACAUACCCUGCAAUCCCAUGCCUGCUGUGACAUCAGGAGACCCCGAGGUAGACAAAAAGAUAAAGAACUUGAAAAAGAAACUGAAGGCAAUUGAGCAACUGAAAGAGCAAGCAGCUUCUGGCAAACAGCUAGAGAAAAACCAGUUGGAGAAAAUUCAGAAAGAGGGUUCUCUCCUUCAGGAGCUAGAAGAUUUGGAACUGGGCUUUUAAAACUUUACAGAAAACAACUGGGAUUUUUGCACAAAAUCAGUGCAAAAUGGAAUGCAUAUUAACUUGAACAGAGCAAGGAAUUUCUUUCAGUGACAAAUAGCCAAUGCAAAGGUUUACGUAUUUGCUGCAGACCUCCUUUCUUAGCCCCCUUUUUUAUUUGCACAUUCAAAAUUGUAAACAAAUUAUAUGCAGCACAUCCAGUCCUGCUACCACUCGCACCAGAACACACGCUUGUGUUCCAGGAGGACAUCGCUGAAAAACCAAAACAAGCAUGCUGCUUUCUUUCUUUUGUUUGUUUUUUGUUUGUUUGUGUGUUUUGAAGGAGGGAAAGGAUAUUGCGUACCCAUUUCAUAGCUUUAUUAAAUUUAACAGAUAUGUGACCUUUAUGCAAAAUUAGGAUUGUAGACCAUAAUAAAGAGCAUUUAACAUUCAAAGAGUUUUGGGGUUUGCAUUUAACAUUAAAAUAAGUUGUUUUGUUAGUUAGUGUUUGUUUGUUUUCUUACCAGGUAGGAAAUUAAGAAAUGUUAUGUUGAAGCCGCUCUGCCAACUUCACCUUUUUUAAAGAUGAAAUAGUUUCAGAUAUUUCAGGUGCCUUGCGUGCCCUAGAGUCCCCAUCUUUCCCGCGCAGCCGCACACCCCUGGCAAAUUUGUUGUGGUUUUACAAUCAUAUUUUCCUAUACUUUUAUUUUAUUUUUUUUCCUUUCCUUUUCCCUUUUGCUAAGGGUUUGUGAUCUGACCAAGCAAAGUUAAAAUAGGUAAUAUGAGGAAAACACUGGAACUGCCCACACAGCAAGUGCUGCCAAAUGUCAACCAAGCCCUUCAGCCUGUUUGAAUAAUACUAGUCCCAAUUCUGCAAAGUGAUUCUCUGCACAGAGAUAAGAGUUUGUUCAUCUGGAUCAGAUGUGACUUCUGGGGUUAUGAAUAUGACCUGAAUAGUAGUUUUUUUUAAAAAACUAGACAUAGGUGAAUAUUUUUAAGAUGAUAGCAUCCCACUAAAUUAUGUCAAACACAGCCAGCACCUAAGUGAUCACUGGCAUUUCAAUGGAAUAAUGUUUUCCAUCAUUAGCAGGUAAUCUCUUAUUACACUUUUCUUCCUGGUUUUAAAAAAAAAAAAAAUCACAAUAGUGUGUUGUUGAUUUUUACCAUGUAAAUGUAUUGCCCCCCUGGCUUUGUAACAAAUAAUUUUGGACAAGUUUCUUAUUUGCAAACAGUUUUGAGUAAAAUAAGGAUUUAGAGUCAAGUUUUAUAUUAAAGAAUAAAUCAAAGAUUUUAAUUUUGCUUCCACUGUGUCUUCCUCAGUUAAUUUGACAAACAACAUUUUGUUAGUUGUUAUGAACAUGCAGUUAGUCAUUGAAUCGUUUGUAAAGUUAGGCCCUGCCUAUGCUUUCUCCCUGCUGAGCCCGUGACCACCUCUAAAAGUAAAUUCUACCCACUCACACCUGCUUUGCAAGUGUUUAAGCCUUGGCAGCUCUGUAUAUUGAAGGCAGCACUCUGAUCCUUCUAAGUGGUCUGUGCUGCCUGAUUGCUAAGUUUGAGUAUGUAAGUGGUCUGGGCUUGUUUCUUGGCUGUAGUCCCAGGCUCUGCAGGGAAGCGGUGUAGACAUGGUGUUACCCUCUCUUGUCACAGUUCAAAGAGAAACAAAUGAAAUACUGCCAAAUAUAUAUAUUAGUUUUACUUUGAUUUUUGUCUUGGUUCAGAACAUGUGAUCUCAGCUUUUCAGUUUAGAUUAAGAAAGAGCUGGUCAGAUUCUGUACAAAUUCUUUGUACCAAAAUGUACUGCUUAUUUUGGGUAACUUCCUAGUUUCUUAAUGUAGCAACAAACAAGAAAAAGACAAGAGGAUAUAGCACGUGAAAACACAUGAAGCUCAACUAAUUUUUUUUUUUUAUUCAUCACAUCCAUGAAGCAGACUUGUUUUUGUUACACCAUCUCUAGACUCUAGUAACUAAGGUCUGAUAAAUUAUUUGUCUUGAGAGAUCUUAAGAAGGUUCUGGUUUAAUGGGAACAAGUCACAUGUGUCAUGCUGUAUGUGAGAAAAUUGCAGGUUAACCUAACAAGCAAAUGGGCUUUUGUUGCCAGUACACUCCCCUGAAGUAUUCAGGUAAUGCAUUAAUGGUUUGUUUGUUUUCAUUAAUUUUAAUAAACUCCGCGGUUACAUUUCUCCUUACUGAGCAAAAACUAUUUAAUGUUCACUUGAGCAAAUGGGGCACUUCUGAAAUAAGUGUCUACACAGAUUGCACUGAUGUGUGAAAUUUAACUUAAAACCAGUUUAGUUGGUUUUGAAGUAUGUUCGCAUAAAGACCAGCCUUUACAAGUUUUAAAUGUUAUGUUCACACUGGAUCACUAGAAGUACAGGGCUUGAUUCUCUAUUGUCUGGCACCUUGUUUAGACACAUCUGUGCAAAGUUUACCAUUCUGAUCUUGGUGCGUUUUAUUCAUUUUGCAUGAGUAUACAUUAAUUGAAAUGGGAGCAGUAGGAAAUCUAGAAGAUGACCCAGUUUUUCCUUUAUUUCAAGUGGAAUUCUAAUAAAAAACAAUGUCUAAUCCAGUGACUACAAGCAAUUCAAAACCAUAUGUUAUCACAGAAAAAGGUAAUUACAAUCUUAAUGAAGCAUUUAAGAAAUAGCCAUUCUGCCAGCUGAUUGAUUUCAGAACAGAAGUUAAAAGCAGUGUGAAGUAUUAAAGCUUUCCUGAGUUCCUAUUCAAAUUUUCU